AACCAACGGACGCGAUCGCUCACCUCUCCCCACCGGUCAUUCCACCGACCCAGCACAGCAGUCCGAGAGGCGAGCGACCGAACCAGCCUGCUCUCUCGCUCGAGAAGCCUCCUCCGCUCCGCCGUCCGCCCCUCGCCUCACCAGUCCGCAUUCCGGCGCACACGCCCAUUAAAAUACCGCGUCCAAUCUCCGCCCUGCGCUCGUCCCUCAUGCCCGCCUCGCGGCUCACAGUGCGCGUGUGCCACCAUGCUCGGCGCGGCGCUCCGCCUCCGCGUCCGCGUGCUCCGCCGCCGCCGCUCCCACCGCGGGCGCCGUCGAGGCAGGCGGUCUCUCGGUCGGGUCGGGGAUGACGACGACGACGAGGGAGGCCGGGAGCCGGUGCUGCUAGUGUCCGGGAUGGGCGGCUCCGUGCUGCACGCGCGCCGCCGGUCCAACUCCAAGUUCGACCUCCGGGUCUGGGUGCGCAUCCUCUUCGCCAACCUCGACUUCAAGAAGUACCUCUGGUCGCUCUACAACGCCGAUACCGGGUAUGUGGAGCCGCUGGACGACGAUGUGGAGAUUGUCGUGCCGGAGGACGACCACGGCCUGUUUGCCAUCGACAUUCUUGAUCCUUCCUGGUUUGUAGAACUUCUCCAUCUGUCUAUGGUGUAUCACUUCCAUGGUAUGAUUGAUAUGCUCAUAAACUGUGGAUAUGAGAAAGGGACCACACUAUUUGGAUAUGGUUAUGAUUUUCGCCAAAGCAACAGGAUAGACAAAGCGAUGGCUGGUUUGAGAGCAAAACUUGAGACAGCUUAUAAGACCUCUGGAGGGAAAAAAGUUAAUUUAAUCUCACAUUCUAUGGGUGGAUUGCUAGUAUUCACUAAGUAUGUCAACAAAUGGAUUUGCAUUGCUUGUCCAUUCCAAGGUGCCCCCGGAUGCAUCAAUGAUUCUCUACUUACUGGAUUGCAAUUUGUUUAUGGUUUUGAGAGCUUCUUUUUCGUAUCUAGAUGGGCAAUGCACCAAUUGCUUGUCGAAUGCCCAUCAAUCUAUGAAAUGUUACCGAAUCCAGAAUUCAAGUGGAAGGAAAAACCAAUUAUUCAGGUUUGGCGUAAGAACCCUGAAAAGGAUGGAACUGUGGAGCUUGUUCAAUAUGAAGCAACUGAUUGUGUGUCCUUGUUCGAAGAAGCUUUAAGGAAUAAUGAGCUCACGUAUAACGGAAAGAAAGUAGCACUACCAUUCAAUAUGUCAGUCUUCAAAUGGGCCACCAAGACUCGCCAAAUCCUAGACAAUGCUGAAUUACCAGAUACUGUGAGCUUUUACAAUAUAUACGGGACAUCUUAUGAAACUCCAUACGAUGUAUGCUAUGGCUCAGAAAGCUCUCCGAUUGGAGAUUUGUCAGAAGUGUGUCACACAGUGCCGUCAUACACUUAUGUGGAUGGAGAUUGCACGGUUCCCAUAGAAUCGGCACGGGCUGAUGGGUUCUCUGCGAAAGAAAGAGUUGGCGUCAAGGCCGACCACCGUGGCCUGCUGUCCGAUGAGAACGUAUUCAAGCUUCUCAAGAAAUGGCUCGGUGUGAGCGAGAAGAAGUCAGAGUGGCGUUGCGUGUCUAAAUCCUACUCCAAAGUGGGUAAUUGGGUUGCCCUGUAGUUCUUCAGGAAGACUGUUAUUUUGGCCUUUCCUCCUGAAGAGAAGAUGAAACAAAAUUCUGGUGAUUGUAUUGUAUGUCUGCACGAUGUAAAUCCCUGCGAGCUGCACGGAACAAGGGAUUAGUGCCCCUUGUACGAUGUAUCAUUGCCAGACAUUUCUUUUGAAGCCUAGGGUCAUAUAUUCAUUGCCCCUUCCAACUUUGGAGCAUAGUAAAUGAAUAAUAUGAAAUCGAUCAUAAUUUCAGAA